GUAAAUGAGUUGGUUUUCACAGAAAGAUUGGUCCUCUCUGGCUCAGUCUGCUAAAACAGCUUUGAGUACUGCUCAGAAAACUAUCGAUCGAGCUUUAGACAUUGACGAGGAAAACAAAAUUGCUGGUGAUCAAUGGUCAGUCCCUCAGUCGGUGCAACCAAGCUCCUCAAAAGUUGACACUGAUUCCUUCUUUGAAAGUUUCCUAUCCCCACAUUCAGCCGAUAAUUUAUCCACCACUCCAACUUUGCGUCCGCCCUCACCUGCCCGUUCAUUAAACAAAGAAGCAGCAGAGUCGUCCUCCAGUAUCCCAAGACAGAGGCUCUUUUCAGAUGGAGGUCAUACAGGAUCUGCGCAAUCUAGUGGAGAUGCAGCCAAAGAGAUCGAACUUUCAUCAUCGACGCAAAUAUCGGACAAUACACACCGCCGAGUGAAAUCAUCCGGCAACGUGUCUACUGGUAGCAGUCAAAAAUCUAAUGGCAUGUCUUCAGCUUCCGAAUCUAUAGAAGUCUUGUCAUUUCUAUCAUCAGAGAAAAUGGGCGAAUCGUACUAUCAAGAUUUUGCAUCUCCGCCCAAGCUCAACGUGCUCCACAAAGCGCUAAAACACGGAGACGGAUCAUCUUCCAGUUCUGGAAAUAACCAGCACUCGCCUAAUAGUGGUUCAGACUAUGGUGUAGAGGAAUCUGCGUCACCUUCAGAACCUGGGGACUCAGAAAUUCCUCUUAAUGAACAUGAACCCAGUGAAGAAGCACCCGUUGCUGAACAACGCAAUAUACAUCAAAACGAACAAAUAUCUGUAAAUGUUUCGUCCGAACGUUUAGGGUCCUCAAAUACGGAAGUUACAAAUAGUUCCCAAACAGUUCAAUCGUGGUUAAUGGUCACAGACUCAACGGCCAGCACCAUCUCAACAAGUAGUACUGUGGUCUCUACCAGUCCUACAGUGUCCGCCUUUCAACCCGAUCUGCUUCCGGUUAACAGCGAUGAGAGCAUUGCGACAUUGGAGCCAGUAGCCCAAGAUUUAUAUUCUUUUCAUGGUGAUCAUUCUGAAAACAGUGGCAGUUCAACUCUAGAGAUCAGAGCCAUAACACCACCAGAUAUCCAGCAAAUGACAUCACAUUAUAAUCCAACACCAAUGUCUGAUUCUCUGCAACCCUUGCCUGACGUGCAAUUAAACACAUCGUUCAAUCAAAGUGAAGACGGUGAGACUGUUGUUCAGAUUCCAGACUUGACAAAUAGUUCCAGAGAACGACCGGAUAUUUUUCCAUCUGAAGAGGUGCCUGGAAGUCCAAGACAGAAUCAGGCAGUUGAUUUAGUAGUUCAAGAAUUGGAUGUCAUAAGUGCAGUGGAUCAGAGCUCUGCGCGAUUGAACGAAGAACUAGCAAAUAACGAAGAGUUACUCCGGGCGGACGAAAGAGUGGACACAGCACCCAACGCGAUUGACGUUGUAGUUCAAGAGUUAGACGUCGUCCAAGGCAUGGAUCUGCCGUCUAGUAAUGCUAUGACAUCAUUAGAUAUUUUGCCUACAAAUAUGGAACCUGAUUUAACCAGAGGCGAAGAUGGAAGUAGAUAUCGAGAAGAAGAAGUUUCAGCAAAUGAAAUUGCGAUGCAACAGAUAAGUAUUUUGAAUGAACUUCCAGCUGCUACAAUGGAUCGAACCGGAUCCGCCAAUGCUUCAAUGCACUCGAGCUCACCUGAAAACCAGCUGAGAGAAGGAGAGCGAACUGCAAUAAUCGACGAGUUGUUAGAGAAGAUCCAGAGUCUGGAGGAAACUGUGCAUGCCAGAGAGCAUCAGCUGAUAUCUGUGAACAAGAGGGCAACUGAUGCACAAGAGGAGAACGAAGAGCUGAGAAGUCAGCUGGAGAUGCAGUUUCAGAGGCUGGACGAGGAGACCAGUAGGUUGAAUGAAGCACACCAGCUGGAGCUGAACACAGUCACCAUCAAGUACAACUCCAGCCAGCAGAGACUGAAGGAGCUGGAGAAACAGAUGCACGACUUCAAAACUGCAUCGUCUUUCUCGGCGCAGCUGCAGGCGUCGUUGAGUCAGAAGGAUGCGAUGAUUGAGGAGAUGAGGGCUGAAGGUGAGAAGUUGGCCCAGGAGGAAUACAAGAAGAACAGUCUCAUCAAGAAACUCAAGGCCAAAGAGAAAGAACUGCAGACCAGUCUGGACAAAACCAAACAAAAUCUGGAUGAUAAGACGAGCGAGUUAACUUCAGUUACAGAAAGCUUCACUAAGCUACAGCAGAAAGUAGCCGAACAGCGAGACACCAUCACCCAAAUGAAUGCCACGAUGACCAGAAACGAGUCACUUCUCAGUAAAAAGACGAACGAAAACGACGAGUUGGUGGAGAAAACAAGCGCGCUACAAAAUAAUUUAGACUCAGUGUUCCGAGAACUGCGUGAACUGCAACAGCAAAUGGCAGAUAAAGACGCCAAAUUUGCGCAGUCACAAGCAGUGGUUAAUGAGGAAAUACUGCAGGAGAAAGAGGAAUUGCUGAGGAGUCUGCAGUGUAAGUGGGAGGAGGAGCGGGAACUGUUGAGUCAGCAGGUGCAGGAUGCAAACACGAGUGUGGCGAGGAUGGAACAGGCGGCAGCUAGGAGGGAGAAUCUACUCAAGGAUGAGAUCAAGGACCUCCAGAUGAGAUUAGAGGAAGAAAUGCAGCGAGGUCAGGGGUUAAGUGAGGGCGUCUCUCAGGCGACACAGCCUCUGUGGAAUCAGAUAUCGAGGCUGCAGCGUCAGCAGCAGGAUCAGCAGUCGCAGUGGAGUCAACUGGAAAAGAACUAUCUCGACAGACUGGCAGAGGCCGAGUCACGUGCGGGGCAAGCAGCCGAAUCAGAAAGGAUUGCAACCGAGAGUGCAGUGGAGCUGAAGAUCAAAAUGUCCUCUUUGGAAGCGCAGCUGGCCACGGUGAGGUCGGAGCAUUCGAAGAGUGUAAAAAUUAACGAACAGAAGGACUCCGAUUUAGAGAGACUCAGGGAACAAGUGGCCACGUUGAAAGAGGAGUUGGUCGUAUCGAACGAGAAAAGUGCAAUGGUGGAGAGGCAACUGAGUGUUGUGCAGGCAGAGAUGGACUGUGAGAAACAGGCUCUGGAACAAGUCAAGAGGAAGUGUAGGACACUGGAUGAGCAAAACAGAGAAAUGGUGUUGCGUCUAAAAGAAACGGAAAAUGGAUACAACGGAAAAUAUACGUCUCAACAGUUCUCGCCAAUAUCAUCUACGCCUCCUGAAAAGACCCCCAAUGCUCUGGUGAAACCUAACUCAAGUAACACUGUGGGGAGCAAUGUGAACUCGCGCACCCUGUCUUCCUGGGAGUUCCUGGAAUCACAAGUGAAACUCAAAGAUGGAGAAGCAUCGGCUCUGCAGACGGAGCUGCGGAGGCUGGAACAGCAGAACGUUAGUUUGCGGGAAGACUUCGUGCGCCUUUCGAAUGAGAGACACGUGUGGGAGGGGGACAAGGAUACCCUGGAGAGACUGAGGGGGGACUUAGAGGAGCUACAGGGGAGGUAUGAGACUCUGCUGACCAUGUAUGGGGAGAAGGCAGAGGAGGUGGAUGAGCUGAAGAUGGACUUGACAGACGUGAAGGUCAUCUACAAGGCACAGAUCGAGGACCUUGUGAAAAAACUUGCUCAGCAGAAGGCGUAGCGCUGUAAAAGAAUAAUCCAUAUCAAAUGCAACCCAUGAUACAAAGAGAAAUGUGGAAUAUAUUAAACAAAUACAAACUCAUUUUUAACUCAUGUUUUCGACGUAAAUUGUUAAUGAUUAUUCUCAUUUCUUUGUUCAAAGGUGCUAAUAGUACAAUAAAUUGUAACAUUUUGUGAUUGUGUUAUAUAUCAAAUGUAGCAUUCUAGAGAAAUCGAACUUCUAUAUGAAUGAAGUAGGAACGGGUUCAAAAUCGCACAUCAUUUGUAUUUGAUUUGAGGUUUGUUGUGUCCGUAUUUGCUGAUUAUAGAAUUAAUAUUU